AUGUCCCAGUUGGCCCAAGACAUAGCACAGACGAGCCCCCCCGGCGGUCCCCACUGCGCCGGAUCAGUGCAGGAAACUCGGGAAUCGCUCACUAAGGACCCCACCUCACUGGUGCUGGCAACCAGCUCUUUCUCCCGAGCCCGGGGCGGAGGAGCGCAGCACCUUCCUCUGCGUAGGACCGAGCGCAGCCAGGCCUGCGGACGGACGUGGGGGCCGGCGCCGCACCGGGAAGGACCGCCGCCGCCGCCGCGCCGCCUGACGCCAGCGGAAGUGCGAGCUCGCAGCGAGCCUGCUCCGCCGCCCGGCGCCCGGGAGGAGCGGGCGAGGGGCGGGGCUGGGGCCUGGCGGGGCGGGGCCUACGGCGGCGGGGCGGGGCUUGGCGCGCUUGUUUUUACCCAGGCCGCGGUGCCUCGGCACUCAGCCGGGCUGCUUGCUUGGUGUGCGGGCGAGAGCCGAAGCCGACAGAGGCGCUCGUGGUGCGCGGGAGCCAGGAGGGCCGCAGCGGCGCGGGGAGCGCCCGUCGUCGUCAGCCGCCGCGAUGUCUGCUCAGUGCUGCGCGGGCCAGGUGAGCGAGGCCGGGGGCAGCGCGGGGUUUUCGGAACGGACGACCGGGGCAGCAGCCCGGGAUCCAGCCCAGUUCCGGAGUCGGAGGUGGGCCCGUGGUGGGUCGCUGCCCAGGCUGACCCCGCGCGGUCUGGUGAGCGCCUCGGACCCGAGCGCGGUGAUCAGCCGUCCGGGAAAUCCUGUGCACAGGGCGAGCGGGAACGGACGGGGGAAGCCCGGGAGGCGACCCCGAGGUCUUCCCGUCCGGUCUCUGGGAUUCCUCGUGGGGCGGGGCGUGCAGGACACGGGCGGAGAAUCCUGGCUGCUCCAAGGGCGUGUCGUCCCUCGCCCAGGGCACUGCUGGCCUGCUGCUGUGGGUCUGCAGGCUGCUCCCUCUGCUGUGGUUGCUGCCCCAAGAUCCGACAGUCGCGGAGCACCCGCGUCAUGUAUGCACUCUACUUCAUCCUGGUCUCCGUCCUCUGCUGCGUCAUGAUGUCAAAAACGGUGGCCAGCAAGAUGAAGGAGCAUAUUCCUUUUUUUGAAGAUAUUUGUAAAGGCAUUAAAGCUGGUGACACAUGCGAGAAGCUGGUGGGGUAUUCUGCAGUGUAUAGAGUCUGUUUUGGAAUGGCUUGUUUCUUCUUUCUCUUCUGCCUGCUGACCUUGAAUGUCAACAACAGCAAAAGCUGCAGAGCCCAUAUUCACAAUGGCUUUUGGUUCUUUAAACUUCUGCUAUUGGGGGCCAUGUGCUCAGGAGCUUUCUUCAUUCCAGAUCAGGAGACCUUUCUGAACGCCUGGCGCUAUGUGGGAGCCAUCGGAGGCUUCAUCUUCAUAGGCAUCCAGCUCAUCCUGCUCGUGGAGUUUGCACAUAAAUGGAACAAGAACUGGACUGCAGGCACAGCCAGUAACAAGCUGUGGUACGCCUCUCUGGCCCUGGUGACGCUCAUCAUGUAUUCCGUUGCUGCUGGAGGCUUGAUUUUGAUGGCAGUGUUUUAUACACAGAAAGAUGGCUGCGUGGAAAACGAAAUUCUCCUGGGAGUAAAUGGAGGCCUGUGCCUAUUUAUUUCAGUGGUAGCCAUCUCGCCCUGUGUCCAAAAUCGACAGCCACACUCUGGGCUCCUGCAGUCGGGGGUCAUAAGCUGCUAUGUCACAUACCUGACUUUCUCAGCUCUGUCCAGCAAACCUGUAGAAGUAGUUCUAGAUGAACAUGGGAAGAACCUCACAAUCUGUGUGCCCAGCUUCAGUCAAAACCUGUACCAAGACGAGAACUUGGUUACUGGAUUGGGUACCGCCCUCUUGUUUUCAUGCAUCUUAUAUUCAUGUUUGACAUCAACAACAAGAUCGAGUUCUGAUGCUCUGCAGGGGCGAUAUGCAGCACCUGAACUGGAAGUAGCCCGGUGUUGUUUUUGCUUUGGUCCUGAUGGAGAAGACACUGAAGAGCAGAAGAAUGUGAAGGAGGGACCGCGGGUCAUUUAUGACGAGAAGAGAGGCACCGUGUACAGCUAUUCCUAUUUCCACUUCGUGUUCUUCUUGGCUUCCCUCUAUGCGAUGAUGACUGUCACCCACUGGUUCAACUAUGAAAGUGCCAACAUUGAGACCUUCUUCAGUGGGAGCUGGUCCAUCUUCUGGGUCAAGAUGGCCUCCUGCUGGAUGUGUGUGCUGCUGUACCUGUGGACGCUGGUCGCUCCCCUCUGCUGUCCCUCUCGGCAGUUCUCUGUGUGACAAUGUCGGCAAUCCCCUUGGUUUAGCAGGCCUGCAGGCUGGAAGUGCCACCCUUUAAACAAGGGUCCUAGGGGAUUGAACAGUGACUUGAGCCCUGUGAAAAGCUGACAUCUCCUGCUGGCCUGAGU